AGCACUGGAGUUAGUGUUGGCAACAUUUUAAUUAGAUACACAAUGGUAAUAAGUUAUAUCCAUCAUAAUUUAUGUACUUCGUUGCAGUAAAUGGGGCGUUAUUUGGCUUAGGCGAAUGCAUUCGAAGAAAAACAUCAAUCUCCAGUAAUUUGUUCAGAAACACAUAACUGAAAGAGCAAUAGCUGUUUGACAAGGACUGAAAGAAAACAUGAACAAUACCAUGGAUAAUCAGACAGAGAGCUUAGACGAAUUGAACGAUCGUUAUGCAAGAGCAUUACUUCCGCUUACAAUAGCGUUCGGUUUCUUUGCUGUUUUCGGAUUCCUGGGUAAUCUUAUAAUUCUACUCGUGUUCUUUUUCAGUCGGGAUUACAAGCGAAACAAUUUCAAAGUGUUCGUUCUGACUCUAGCUGUGAUAGAUCUUGUGAUAUGUGGAACUUUGAUACCGGCUGAGAUGGUAAAACAGAGGAAAUACUUUGAGUUUGGGGACGUGGUAACCUGCAAAGUGAAGUGCUUUUUCAACGUGUUUGGGGCAUCUUCCUCUUGUCUCGCCUUCUUGGUCAUCUCAAUAGAUAGGUUUAGAAAGGUGGUGCAGCCAUUCAAGAAGCAAAUGUCACCAGCUAAUGCAGUACGUGUUUUGAUAGCGGUUGCCUUUGUAUUUCCUAUACUUUUAGCUAUACCUGGGACUAUUAUGUGUGGAAUAAAAACAACAAAUAUGACAAAUAUACAUGGAGGAAACACCACCAUACAUCUAUGUGAAACAGAAAAAAAGUACGAGAAUUCCAUAUGGAGAACGGUCUACAAAUUUACAUUCAUCAUUUUACUGGUCGGAAUUUCAGUGACGUAUAUAGUGUUGUAUAUAUUUGUGAUGAGAGAAGCUGCUAAACAAAUGAAAUUUAUCUCAGUGCAGCGCAAGCAUUUAUCGCUUGAAACGGUGUUUACCACUGGAAUUUGCUAUCAAAACACUACAGUUAAUGAAACACCGGUGAGUACCAUAGUCAAAAGUGACAACACAGAAAGUAACAUGUUAGUACCCACUAUAAUAAACAACGAUUCAUUAUCAAAAGGCUCGCUGGAGAAUGGGGAUUUGAAGCAUAGGGAGAGCAUCGAAAAGAUCCACAGAAUAAAUGAUAGACCACAGAAAACAAAACAUUUUCCUACAAAGACCAUUAUUUGGUUUAUUUUAACUAUUGUGUUUAUUGUUACGUAUUUUACGCAUAAUGUAAUGACUUUGAACGUUGAAAAGAUUGUCAAUAUGUCACCAAGCGAAUUUACGUUGUUUUCGUUUUUCUUUCGUAUAUAUUUCUUAAAUCAUGUUUUUAAUCCACUUGUUUAUGCUAUAUUUGUCAAACAAUUCAGAAGUUCUUGUAGAAAUGUGAUCCCUUUGUUGUUAUCAAAACUGAGGUAAUAUGGUGUAAUUAAGAUUACAUAGCAUACCUCAAAUAAAUAUUAUAUUAAAAUGAAA